AUGUCAACUAAUUCUUCCGAGAGAACGGUGACUGCCGCCACCGUUUCUACUCCGGCCACCACCCCAAACACCCUCUCCUCUGCCCAUCAUUUUGUGUCCAUUAAGCUAAACACCCGCAAUUUUUUGUUCUGGCGAACCCAACUCGUUCCCUUUUUCAACGGUCAAGGACUGCUCGGGUUCGUAGAUGGUGAAAUCCCUUGCCCUCCACCUACCAUCGUCGCUCCCCCGUCCUCCGGCGACUCUGGCACUGUGACGGUGACGACUGCUGCAACUUCCGGCACCAAUCCCGCGUACAAAGCAUGGGUGCAGCAGGACCAGUCCAUCAUGUCUCUCCUCAUCUCCUCGCUUUCGGAUGAAGUUAUGUAUCUGGCGGUUGGCCGGAGCACUUCGCGGGAGGUGUGGAACUCGGUCACGGCCGCGCUAGGGUCAUGUUCCAGAGCGCGGUGUCUCAACCUGUUGGGCCAAUUUCAGUCCCUUCGUCAAGGGAAUAGCUCUCCGGUGGAAUACCUCGGAAGAGCUCAACUGAUCGUCGAGGCACUUGCGCUGGCCGGCCGACCUCUCUCCCUAGACGAACAAAAUAUGUACGUGUUUAGGGGGUUGCGGCCGGAAUUCCGGACAAUGGCGUCUACUCUCACAGUCACAGGUACACAUGUCUCCAUCCCUCAGCUUUCGGACUAUCUGUAG